CACGGCAGAACACAAACGCUCACAUUGGAUACAAUCUCGGCUUCCUAGUCUUCUCCGAAAUCCUAAGGUGUUAAUCUACUUCAUGUCGCUCUUUCCCCUCAGGUCAGUGAUCAAUCUUUCCUGAAUUGUCGUUUACCAUUCGAACAAUUUUUACUUUUUACCGGAGUAAAUAGUAAAAACUUUUUCAUGAACUCUUGCAAUGUUCAUAAAGCUCCAUCCUUUAACAUUUUCCAAGAGAAUCCCCACCUGGGUCUGCUCGAAUGCAUAUAUUUCUGCAUCUUCCUGCGCAAAAACAAUCGAAAUUUUCUCGGGAAACAAUCAGGACCCAGAAUAUUCAUCCGACCUUGAACAAAAUAUCCAGUCUUUGAGGAAUAAGCUUGUCCCGGAUAACUUAAUCCGGGUUCUGGAUAACACUGAUGAUUUGAGCUCAGCAGUGAAGGUGUUCAAGUGGGCUUCCCUGCAAAAACGGUUUAAUCACACCGCCGAUACGUAUUUUCGGAUUGUUUUGAAACUGGGUUUGGCUGGAAAUGUUGAGGAGAUGGAGGGGUUUUGUCAAAAUAUGGUGAAGGAUCGGUGUCCGGGUGCUGAAGAGGCGCUUUUGGCCCUGAUUGAUAUGUUUGUCAGUCAUUGCAGGUUAAGUGAGGCAAUUAGGGUGCUUGUGAAUUUGAAAGCAGGUGGCUUUAGGCCUUCAAUACAGAUAUUUAAUGGUCUGUUGGGUGCUCUUGUCAAAGAUAAGAGAGAUUUUCGAGAUGUCUUAUUUGUGUAUAAGGAGAUUGUGACGGCAGGAAUCGUGCCAACGGUUGAUACUUUGAAUUAUUUGUUAGAGGCAUUGGUGGAGGCCAACCGCAUUGAGUCUGCUCUGGAUCAGUAUAGAAGAAUGAAGAAGAAAAGGUGUAGUCCUAAUAGUAGGAGUUUUGAGAUUCUUAUAAAUGCCCUUAUUGCGAAAGACCGAGUGGAUGAGGCUGUUAUUGUUUUGAAUGAAAUGGUUGAUCUUGGUUGUCAGCCUGAUUUGAGUUUUUAUUCCUUCAUUAUACCUUUGUUUUGUCAGGAAAAUAAACCGGAUGAGGGAAUUAGAUUGUUCGAAAUGAUGAGAGCUUCAAAUUUUACACCGGAUUCAUUGGUUUAUGAGGUUCUGUUGCAGUCUUUAUGCAAGAACCUUAGAUUAGAUGAUGCGAUAAAGGUUUUAGAAGAAAUGAUGGAAACUGGAUUGACACCACCAAAUAAUGUCUUUGUGGAUGUAGUAAAUGUGUUUUGUAAAUUAGGGAAGGUAGACAACGCGAUGAAAUUCUUGGAGAAUAAGAAAAUCAUGGAAACUUCUGCCUGCAAUGUCCUGCUUGAAGGUUUCUGCAGUGUUGGUAAAUUUCUUGUGGCGGAAGAUCUACUAGUGGAAAUGUCCGAAAGGAAUGUGACUAAUUGUAAUUCUUGGAAUAUUGUUAUCAGAUGGCUCAGCGAGAACGGAAGGAUUAGGGAAGUGAUGGAACUUCUAGGCAGAAUGGUGGUUUCUUCUUCUCUUCCGGACUCUGACACAUACUCCGCUCUGGUCGUUUGCCACUGCAAAAUGAGCAACUAUAGAAAUGCUCUGGAUAUAUUUCAUCAGACUCGUGCCAAAAGUUGGGUUUUGGAUCGUACAUCUUACUCUGAGCUUGUCAAGGGCCUUUGCCUAGAAGAAAUGACUCAUGAGGCUACUGAAGUGUUCUGUUACAUGUCUAGUAAUAGAUGUUUCAUCGAGCCUUCCUCGUUCAAUAUGUUGAUCAAGGGUUUGUGUGAGACGGGAAAGGUUGAAGAAGCAAUAAGGAUGCAACAAUUGGCCUAUUAUGCCGGUACUUCUUCUACCAGUUCAACUUACUCAACUGUUAUGCUUGGAUUGUCAAAAUUAGACAAGGUAAAAGAUCUGUCGGUAGUUUUCUCAAAAAUGCUAGUGGGAGGUUGCAAUCUUGAUUUGGAUGCCUUCUGCGUGCUCAUACAAACCAUGAGCUUGCAGAAUCGAGUAAAAGAAUGCGUAUUGCUUUUUGAUAUGAUGGUCGAUGGGGGUCUUAUACCUGAUUCAGAGAGACUAUUAAAUCUACUCUCCUGCAUAGCCAACCAUUCUCAGUUGCACAUGAUUUCAGGUUCACUAAAUAAACUUAUUUCUGAUAGUGAAGUUCUAAAUUCAGCAAUUUACAAUGUACUGAUUAACGGCUUCUGGAAAGAGGGUUAUAAAUGCGAGGCCUGUCAAUUUUUGGAUAUAAUGUUGGAAAGGGGUUGGGUCCCAGAUGCUAGGACUCAUGGAUUGCUGAUGGGGUCUGUUGUUGGCAAAGUAGAUAGGAACAGGUUGGACUAUGAUAAUUGCACUGUCCAAGAUAGUGUUAGCAACAUCCUUGCAGAGGGAUUAGAUGAUGUAACAGGAUAGAAACUUCCAUCACAAUAAUCGUUUUAUGACCCGUUGGCCGCUCAACUACUUUGGUGAACUGAUCUUUUUGCCUCCGAUGAUCUCUGUUGAAAGUUUUUUCUCCAUAAUCAUUCACACUGAGCCCUUUGUAGCUGUGGUGCUUGCAUAUAUUGUGCAAUGGAUCAGGGGAUAUGAUUGUUGCCUGCCAUGUUCAAUAGUUUUGUUCACCUUUACCGAGGUUCAUGGAUCUCUUCUAUAUAUUCAAACCCUUAACCACGCCAAGAAAGCCAAAUUUUUCGAGCAAGAGGAAAGACGGAAGGUAGAGCAGUGAUAUCCUAUUUGAACUAACUCCUGGGGAAGCUCUGUGUAAUCAGAAGUUGAAGCCAUUUUAAAUUUAGAAGAAUCCCAAGUCAGAACCAGACACCAGUACUGAAGUUUUUCCCUGCGACAUCUUCGGACCUGACUUCUGCAGUACUUUUCUUGCGGGAAAACGGUACAAGGAUGUAAUGAGAGGCAGAGGGUGAAGGCUUGGAUCGAAGUGGUUGUAGGUACUUUUCCUCCUGUUUUCCUUUCUGUACUACAAAUUCAAACUGAUGAUUUAGCCGGCGGUGUGGAAACUUCAAGUAGGCAGGGACAUGUUUAAAGAGCCUCUGCUCGGUAUAGAGUGCCUCGAAAUCUCAGGGAAAGCUAGCUUUUCCGGGACAAGAACUUGUAGUGUGCGGAUACGGUAUUAAUGGAACAACCCUAUACUUUUUUGAAUGGGGAUGCUAUGUUGACAAUGGAUCUGUUUCUUAUAUUGAUGGCGCAAAGAGUCCAAAAUGUAUUGUUUCUGCUGCUGAUGUUGAUACAUAUCUUGGUGUUGAAGUCCAGCCUAUGGAUGAUAGGGAUUCGCCGGGAAAAGGUUGUUACGGCGGCCUUAGCUAAUGACUACAAGGUCACUUAUGAAAAGAAGGGUAAACAAGAUUAUCCUUCUCUCUUUUUUUCUUUUAAAGUAGAAUAUCGCUUGUUUCAAAGAGAAAAAAGUCAGCUCAAUGAUUUAAGGGUCAAAUAUAUGUGUUUCAUCCU